CCCAUUAUUAUUUCCUGGGAGAAACAAACCAUCUUCUUCCAAUUCUUCUUCUCCGGGAAGAGCUUUAAAGGGUUAUCAGCGCCGUUGACUCUCAUCGGGUUUAAUUGUAUCGGAACCUCUCCGAUCAUCAUGUCGUCGAAGGCGAGUAGCAGCCGUGGUGGAGAGAGUAUCGUCGCUGAUUGUGGGCGCAAUACAUCCACUUGCGGCUACUGUAAAUCCCCUACGAGCUCCAGCAUCUCUCACGGUUUGUGGACAGAGAGACUCACUGUUCAUGAUUAUCAAGGUCUUCUUGACCGUGGAUGGAGACGAUCUGGCUGUUACCUUUACAAACCUGAGAUGGCUAAAACUUGUUGCCCUUCUUAUACUAUCCGCUUGAGAGCUAGUGAUUUUGUUCCAUCUAAGGAGCAGCAGCGAGUGCGUAGAAGACUAGAAAGGUUCUUGGACGGUGAGCUAGAUCUGAAGCCGAGAGAGCGAGCGGAAGAUCAAGAUGUGGAAGUUUCAGAGCCGGUGAGAAAGUUACUUGGUUCUGGUAAAAGAGAACAAAACAAUGAAGUGGAACCAGUCAUGAAAGAUUUGUCUGAACUAAUUGAUAAUGCGGUAGAAAGAUGCAUACACAGUGGGGAGUUUCCUUCUAAUAUUCAGAUUCCAAAAUCUUCGGUGAAGAAAGUUCUCUCUGCUAAAAGGAAGAAGCUAGCUGAAGGGUCAGAAGAACUCUUGUACACCAGCAACAUUGCUUUUCCAAUUGUAGCUGCUAUAAAACAAACACAAACAUCUCAGAAAGGAGAAGGAAGCAACAGCGCAGAGACUGUUUCUGAGAAGUUGUUAAGUGAAAUGAACAAGGUGGGAGAGUUCCCUGGCUUGGUUAUUAAGGUCUGCAAAGGCCAUAUCAACUUCUUUUCAGCUACACAAGUCACUUCCUCAGAGAGAGAUCAAGGUGAAAGCCUCCCCUCCGCUACAACAACUACAAAGUCUUCUUCUAACAGCCUUCAGGUAAGAAAGAAGAAGCUGGAGAUACAUUUGAAAAGGUCAAGUUUUGAUCCAGAGGAGUAUGAGUUAUACAAACGUUAUCAACUUAGAGUUCAUAACGAUGAGCCAGAAAGCAUCUCUAAAACUUCGUACAAAAGGUUUUUGGUAGACACUCCGUUGAUCGAAGUUCUCCCUUCAAGUGAUGGUGAUGAUGAUGAUGAAAACGUUCCUCCUUGUGGCUUUGGUUCUUACCAUCAACAAUACAGAGUUGAUGGACGUCUUAUAGCUGUGGGAGUAAUCGACAUUCUUCCCAAAUGUUUGUCUAGUAAAUACCUAUUCUGGGAUCCGGAUCUUGCUUCCUUGUCUCUUGGAAACUACUCUGCUCUCCAAGAGAUCGAUUGGGUGAAACAGAACCAAGCUCAUUGCUCUGCUCUUGAGUAUUACUAUCUUGGUUACUAUAUACAUUCUUGCAACAAGAUGAGAUAUAAAGCAGCUUAUCGUCCUUCCGAGCUUCUAUGUCCUCUCCGUUACCAAUGGGUUCCAUUUGAAGUAGCUAAGCCUCUACUUGAUAAAAAGCCGUAUUCUGUCUUGUCUGAUUUCACUAAGGCGUCUGAAACACUAGAAAUGAACAACUCUGAUGAAGACACAGAUUCUGAUUCUAGUAGAAACGGCAUUGACAUUGCCAAUAUCCUUAUCAGUCUUAAUGGAGCUAGGCUUCGGUACAAGGAUUUACUACGGAUCAUAAACAUGGCAGUUCGUAAACAACUGGAACCGAUGUUUAUCAGUUACCGGAAAGUCGUGGGAGCUGAGCUCUCGGAGAGAAUGGUGUAUGAACUACAGUAACACUAAGCUAAGCUUGGUUCAGAUCAGUUAAUGCUCUUUUGUAACAUUAAUAACAGUGAUACUAUAUCACUGAAUCUCAGUGUUGUCAUGUUUCUCCGUCUUGUCAUGUUUUCUCAGUAAAACAAAGUGAAACAAUAUGAUUAUAGAAUGGAACUAUGCUUUAAACCAAAGUGAGUUUGGCUAA